GAGAGCGAAAGGGAGGCGUGGUCAGAGCCGACUAUAAAAAGCAUCCCCUGCUCACGUGACUCCUCUCCGCCAGAUCGCCGCCAUCAUGGACACGAGUCGCGUGCAGCCCAUCAAGCUGGCUAGGGUAACCAAAGUGCUGGGCAGGACCGGUUCGCAGGGACAGUGCACGCAGGUGCGAGUGGAAUUUAUGGAUGACACCAGCCGCUCUAUCAUCCGAAAUGUCAAAGGCCCCGUUCGAGAGGGUGACGUGCUCACCCUAUUGGAGUCAGAAAGAGAAGCUCGAAGGUUGCGUUGAUCUUGCAGCUGGUGGGGUUCUGGAUAUCCACUACUUAGCCCACGGAAUGAUCUGCAACUGUUAAAUAAAGCAUUUAUAUUAAU